UGGCGGACGUUGUAAACAGAGCCAGCAGCUUGUCGGAGGCCGAAGUGAAACGGCUCUUUUUAAGAUGAACAGCUUGGAAUAUGAGCGGCUGGACAGUCUGGAGGGCUGGGUGGCGGUGAAAAGCAACAUAUUCGAGGAGAACGAGACGUUUAAACUGGGUUUUAUCGUCCAGUGGAAUGUCAUUGAGUGUAAGUUCGCCGUCACCUGCCACAACCGGACGUUACAGCGGCAGAAACGCAAAGCCGAAGUUGGCGUCGGUGGCGACACUCAGAUGAGCUGGGCUGGACUCUUCUCCGUCAGCGACCUGAAAUACAUCCACCAGCAGUUUACGUGCGUGGCAGACGUCCUGGGAGCCUGCUUCCCGGAUUUAUCUGAGUUUGAGGACGGCAACAUUUGGGACCUGCUCUUCCUGAAUCGGAAGAGCGGCGGCGGUGGCGAAGAUGACGACGAGAGAGAUUUUGAUACUCCGUGUAGGAAACUGGAGAAGUAUUUUAGCACAGCCAUCGACAUCUGCGGACGGAAGAUUGUUCUGGAUACUUUAUUCACCCAGGAUGAGAAGGACGUGGAGGAGUACUUUGAAAAUCUGCAGGAGUUCAAAAGGAAGACCAUGCAGGAGGAGAUGUCAAGGGCCAAAGGUCACGUGAGGCAGCUGCUACAAAGUCACAGCAGUGCCGACCGAAUGGUUGGACUGCACAGCAUUUAUGAGGAGGAAGACGAGGCCUACCAGGAACUGGUCACUGUCGCCACCACCUUUUUCCAGUACCUGCUGCAGCCCUUUAGAGACAUGAGAGAGCUGGCCUGCCUUUACAAGCUGGAGAUCCUGAAGUCUUUGGAGUUUGAGGACUUAGGUCCUCGGAGGAUUGCAGCUCUGGAGAAGGAGGCGGAGGAGUGGAGAAUGAAAGCAGAAGAUGCAGUCGCCUCAAUUCAGGACAUCACUGUCACCUACUUUGCACAGACUUCAAAGGCUCUGGCUGGUAUGUUAAAACAGAUGGAGGAGGAUAAGUGUCGUUUUGGACCUGCUGCCUGGGCAUCUGCGGCUCCCAGACUGGAGAAGCUGCGUUUCCUAUUGGCCAAAGAAACCCUGCAGCACAUGAGAGCUGCAGAAAUGUGCCUGAGCCGCAAGAAAGACGGCAUCAGAGAAAGGCUGGGGAGCCUGUCUGGCAGCAACCACAGCCAGAGAGAUGAUUCCAGGUCUGUGUUCGGGGACGGCCAGCAGCAGCAGCAGCCGGACACAGUGGACCAGCUGGAACUGCAGUUCUAUGAAAUCCAACUAGAACUAUAUGACGCCAAGUUUGAGAUCCUGAAGAACGAGGAGCAGCUGCUGGUGGCUCAGAUAGACACCUUGCGACGGCAGAUUAAAGAACUGAGGGAGGAGGUGGUGUACUAUGAUGUGUGCGAGGAUCCAGAGGAGCUGCAGAGCCUGGUCCACACAGGUAUUCAACAAGCAAACUCUCCAGCUGUCAGUCAGCUCAAGAGACGCCUACAGACCCUGGAGACCAAGCGAGGCAACAUCUGUGCCCGGCGGGCUUAUCUGCGCAACAAAAAGGAUCAGUGCAUGGAGGCCAAUGAGCAGAAGCAGCUGGCAGCCAAGCAGAGCUCCAUAGUCUUCAAUCAGCAUCAUCAGGUCCACCUGAAACGGGAGAAGAGGAAAGAGGAGGAGCAGAGGAGGAAAGAGUGGGUGGACCAGGAGCGAGAGAAGACUCUGAGCAGAUUACGAUCCUUCAGAGAGAAGCGCCAGGGCCAGUACAUCCUGAAGACUCCUCAGUCCAGGGUGUCCUCUUCAGAGGUGUCUUGUCCCUCCCAGCCGCUGUCCAUCAUCAGCCUCAGCCCAUCUCCCGCCUCCCAAGGACCCUCCCCCGUCCGUCCUGCACCCAGAAGCAAAAAAACACCCAAAAAGCAGCAGCCUAAAGACAUCCCUGUCCAAAUCUAUUCUGCGCCACCACCUCCAACAACAGCCUUCCAUGCUGCUUCUCCUCCUCCUCCUCCACCACCGCCGCCGCCGCCACCUCCUCCACCUCCCCCGCCACUGCCUCCUGCCAUACCUCCUCCACCUGCUCCCUCCGAAGACAAACCGAUGCCUCUCAGUGAGAAAGAGGACCCUCCUUUUCCAGCCAAGAACAUGCUCACACAAAAUAUAGGAACAAUGGAUGAAGUGUUGGCAUCACUGCAGCGUGGACAAAUUAAGCUUCGAAAGGUCCCGGCGGCCAGGACUGCAGCCCCCGCUGUGGACGCAAGGAGCAGCCUGAUGUCGGCCAUCCGACAGGGAGUCACCCUGAAGAAGGUGGUUCCUGCACGAGCAGAAGUCCCGAACAGCGGCGACAACGAGCUGGAGCGCAGCAUCAAGGCUGCCAUGAUGAGGAUGAAGAAGGUGUCAGCCGACUCGGACGACGAGGACGACAAAGGUGAAGACGAGAUGCAGAGUGCAGACUGGGACAGCUGAGAGCGAACACGUCCAUGAAGCUGUUCUCCCACAUUAGCCCUAUUCUGUUUUCUUCACGGUCGUGAUCUACAGCUUAUGCUGCUGCCAAAUUUUCACCGAAAAGCUGCUUCUUUGACAGGAUUACGCCUCUUCUGACUUAAACACUGCAGUUUGCUGAAGUUGUAGCACAGUAAUCUUAUUGGUGUUUUCAAAGUAGCCCUGAGACGCUGUAAUUCAUCCAAAACUGCUCCAGGCCAACUAACCAGUGAGUGGAAGAAUCAGGAUGUAGCCCCCUCUGAAGCAAUUUUUGGUUUGCAGAAAUCCCAAACCGGAGUGAAUGAGGCGCUGCCUUUUAAAAAGCAAAGCCAAGCGGUAGUACUGUAGUACAGUGUGUAAAUGAUUGAAUUUCUUCCCAACUCUGUGUCUGGAGGCCUUUUGUGAGACCGUCACACAGCGGGGGAAGCCGAUGCUGCGAGCAGAAGUGACGAUGCCACACAAAUUCUCAUUUUGCUCACAUUGCUGAGUCUCAACUCAUUCUGAAUGUAAUUCACCCUGAACAGUUGUUUAAUUUACCCCAACAAGCACUACAGCAAACUGAGUUUUGUAGGGUUUUUUUGCAUUUUAUUACUUAACAAAAAGAGAAGUUAUGUUGUGAAGAGCAGCAGUGUUAAUUAUUUACAGCCUUCACAUCUAAAGUCUUGUCUUCACCGUGUCCCUGUUUUUUUCCUUUUUUGUGUCAGAAAUGUGUGAAUGUGUUACACUUAAUUUGGAUGCAAUUUAUAAAACGAUCUGUUAAUUCUUCCUCUAUGAUGCCAUAACAAAGGAGGUGACAAAUUAUGAAUGUUAGAUUCAUUUUUAGUAAAUAAAUGCUUCCAUUUAGUUAUGGAAAUACUAUACUAAUUGCAGCGCUCUGUCUCUAGUCAUUGGCAAAUCCUCAGAGAAGCUCGGUGACAGGUUAUUGUUGAUGUUUAGGCCAAACUUAGAAUUUAAGACCGUUAAACCUGUGACUCAGAGCGUUUCAUUUACCUGAACCUCUCAAAAAGACAAGACUGGAAUGUAUUAAGCACAAAAAAACCCUUUAAAGCAAUAAGUGGUUUGCGCAGUACAUUCAUUUCCAGCACGUUAAAGCUGAACUGUGAGGUGAUGAUGGCUCAAACACUCAAGUACUGCUGUGUUUUAAUAAUAAAUGAAGACAUAUCAGGUCAUCAACUUGAAACGCUGGCCUUUUUUUCCCCCCUUUUAAUUCAAAAUUUAUCACUCUGAGAUCGUAACCAUUUGCUGUUCCCUGAUGCCCACAGGUAUAGCUGCGCUCGACUGUAAAUGAAACUCGUGUUCUUUAAACAAGUCACAUCAUCUUCCGCAGAGGUGUUUUACCAAACCUGCGCCGGUGAACCCCGGUGAGUGUGCUUAGGCGGAUUUGUAGCCCACGAUGAUGACUCAUAUUGUAAUAUCUGUGUUGGCAGCAGUCGCUCUCACGUAUCUUCUCCUGCAGUGACAGCACAGACAUCCCCCAGCCAGCUGUGAUUGAGUUUAUUCAGGCUCUGUGUACUUUAGAGAGCAGCUGCUAGCAGAGGUGGCGAUGGCCGCUCUUGAGCAUCAUCCUUGUUUUUGCCGGGCUGCAGUCGCUCUGCUGUGUAAUUUGCUGGCAACGUCCAGGUGAUUCAGGUGGAAGACGGGUCGUGCACCUUUGAGAGGUGGAGGAGGAGGAGGGGGGGAGGUGGAAGACACGCGUGGCGGGUGUUUGGACGAAAACCCGUCGAUCGAGCAUCAACGCGAAAUUCCGCAGCCUGUUACUAUGGCAACAGGAAGUCUCAGUGGUAGUGGCCUGCAGUGCCAUCUCUCUCUCUCUCUCUCUCUCUGUCUCAUGUACAGAGCAGCAUAGUCUCUUAAUGAUGUUUCACCAACUCGCCCACUCAUCACCAGUCACACAAUGAGGCUUGCUGAGAGAGUCAGAGACAGCGAGGAACCGCAGAGGAGAGGGGACACAGAGAGAGAAAUGCUGCUUUCGCUGCAUCCCAACUGUAUGGAAUUGGGAGUGUGAUUGAUCAUUGGUGUGAUACAAAUGAGGAUUAUUUUAGCUGCGGCUUAGUGUUUCUCCUGUUUAAGUCAGAAAAAAGUGACAAGCUCUAAACUCUGACAUGAGUUUCUGUUUCAUCAAAACAACAGUCAACCCCCCCAAAAGAUACGAAGGAGGGCUGAUUCUUCUUUCAUCAAUUAAUCUAGAUGGUUUGGUCAAUAAAAUGUCAAAGUAGUGGAAAUGUUGACCACAGUAUGGAUUGCAUUGGGAUUGAUAUUUGAUAUGAUGCAAGUGAGGAUUAUUUUAACUGUGGCCCAAUGUUCCACCUGUUGGUUAAAGUGUCGAGAUCCAGACCCCGUCACAUAUCCCCAAAAGGUAUCCAGUAGGGCUGAUUCUUUUUGUGUUCAAUUAAUCUUGAUGGUUUGGUCAGAAAAUGUCACAAAAUCAUCUAAAUGUUGGCCACAGUUUCCCAGAACCCUGCUUCUGUUGUAUCUUAACUGUAAGGAUUGGAGUGUGAUUGAUUGUUGUUAUGAUGCAAGUGGGGAUUAUUUUAGCUGUGGCUUAAUGUUUUACCUGUUUCAUUUUUCUAAUAAAGACAAAAAUGGAAGAAAAAUA